UCUGUGUUGUGUUGUCAAGGUUUAUUUUCAAUGGAUUGAAAUUUUAUCAUUUUAUUUUGAUGAUUCUGGAAGCUCUGUACAUCAUUGACGAUUUGAUUUACCAAGCAUUAUCAAAAUGUUGCGCUUCCUCAGCCGACGAGGGCGCUCAUCCAGCCAGAAUCGAAACAAACAGGCCCAGAAAAGUUCGAGCAAUAAAAACUUGAUACAGUGCAAGGUAAUGUUACUUGAUGAAACUGAUUUAUCCAUUAAUCUAUCUAAGAAAGCGAGUGCUGCAGAUCUCUAUGAACAAGUAUUUUAUUCUUUAGAUUUGAUUGAAAAAGAUUAUUUUGGACUACAAUUUACUGAUACAAACAAUGUUAAACACUGGUUGGAUCCAACUAAAACUAUAAAGAAACAAGUUAAAAUCGGACCCCCUUAUACUUUGAGAUUAAAAGUUAAAUUUUACUCAUCUGAACCUAAUAACUUAAGAGAAGAAUUGACGAGAUAUCAAUUUUUCCUACAACUAAAAAAAGAUAUUUUGGAGAGUAAAUUAGAAUGUCCUCAUUCCACUGCAGUAGAGUUGGCUGCUUUGGCUCUGCAGUCAGAAUUAGGAGAUUUCGAUGAGUCUUUACACACGCCCGCUACAGUUUCAGAGUUUAGAUUUGUGCCAAAUCAAACGGAGGAAAUGGAAAUAGAAAUAUUAGAAGAGUAUAAAAAAUACAAAGGCCUCACUCCAGCUCAAGCUGAAGUAAAUUACUUGAAUAAAGCAAAGUGGCUUGAAAUGUAUGGUGUCGACAUGCACAUUGUUUUGGGGAAAGAUGGAUGUGAGUACCAUUUGGGUUUAACACCUACCGGUAUACUCGUAUUUGAAGGACCUCAAAAAAUUGGGUUAUUCUUUUGGCCCAAGAUAAGCAAAUUAGAUUUCAAGAAAAAGAAAUUGACGCUGGUAGUCGUUGAAGAUGAUGAUCAAGGUCGCGAACAAGAACAUACAUUUGUUUUCCGCCUACAUAAUGAAAAAGCAUGUAAACAUCUCUGGAAAUGUGCUGUGGAACACCACACUUUCUUCCGCUUAAGAGCCCCAGUUAAAGGACCAUCUGCCAGGCAAAACUUCUUCAGGAUGGGAUCGAGAUUCCAAUACUCGGGCAAAACAGAAUAUCAAACUACGCAACAGAAUCGAGCGCGCCGCACCGUUCAAUUCGAGAGACGCCCCAGUCAAAGGUUUGCUCGGCGUCAGAGUCAUGUUUUAAGGGAACGCGAAAAACAGAACGUAACAACAAAACCUGAAACUCCAUCCCAGUCUGAAGUCAACACCGAGAUGCCGAGUACUUCUACAGAUACUACCCCGCUCAUGCCGGACUCUGCACUCGAUACUCUAUCGAGAAAGAGUAGCGCGAAGUCACAAAAAUCUUCGCUUAUUGAUAUUGAUUCGAAGCCAACUGAAAUAGGAGAGCCUUCAACAAAGAAUCUUAUGAAUGAAGAACCAGUGGAAGAGGUGAAGAUAUCUAAGGAUGACGCUAUCAGCAAUAAAGUUUUAUUCAAAAUAGAUAAAGGUAAUACAGACGAGAAGAAAAACAAUCUUACUCAACUCGUUAUAAACAAACCGCCUUGUAAUUGUUCGCCCGCCGCUGAAUUUAAUCCACUUAAUGAUCUUCUUAUGAGCCUGGUAAAAGAGAAAUUGAAUAAUGAUGACUCCAAAAAUGAAGCUAAGAAAGAUCAACUGGAUUCACUGUCGGAUAAGGAGAUACCGAACAAUCAAGCAAAAUGUUAUUUAUCUUCAAAUAAGAAUCUGCCUCCGGGACAGUUGAAGUGUAACAACAUUCUUAAAGCUAGAGAGAAUGAAAUUAAAAUAAUUAACGAGUCUUCGAACAUAAAUCUAUCUAUUCCGUCUACACCUUCGCCGAAAAUUCUAAACGAGCCGAGUUCGCCGUUGGCAAAUAAUUCGCAGUAUGUUUCUAUUGUCGUAGUCGAACCUCCGCGUGCCCAAACCAAGAUAGCUUCGCCUAAACCCAUAGAUAGAAAAGAAGAUGUUGUACCCAAAUCCCAACCGAUAUCGUCAUUGUCGCCUUGGCUCGUGACUUCCGAACCGAGUUCGCCCUCAGGUAUCGGAGAGAAAGAAAUAACAAUAAUUCAUCGUAAGUCAGUCAUUACUACACAAUUGUAGGAAGAAUGCAUUCAAGCAUAUUUUAAUACAUAUUUUGUACUUAAAGGGUGUAGGAUAAAAA